UGCACCUUUGAAGCAUACCGCGUCAGCCUCCUUAUAUAUCUUCCCUAUCCUCCUCAUCUUUCCCCCCCGAGUUCUUCCCUUUAUUCGUUACUCGAUGGAUAGCUUCACAGAACCCUACAUUCGCCCAGCUGGAGUAGCACUCAACGAUAUACGAGAUCAAGUUCGUGCUUUAGAAGAAGACCAUCGGGAAAAGGGAAUCGAGUUGUCUGGAAGGAUCAUCCAUAUCUGUCAUUCCCUACCAAUAACGGCUACUCUUAACAACAAAGCAGGUGUGAUAAGCCCUCCAGCGACUCCUCCCUCGAGGACAACCGAUGUGCCCCCAAGUCCAUCAACAGAAAAAGUACAAGAAUUUCCCCAAAGCGUCGAGCAACCAUCGAUACCUUCUGCGUGGACUCUGACACCCCGAUAUGGCCAUGCAGCAAUGAUCUCCGGCAUUCGUUCACUUUCUACUACGCACGAACAAUUGAUUGUCGGUUGGACCGGUGACAUCCACUCCCCAACUCCUGGAGAACGAGUACCCGAGCACAUCAUAUCUGACUCUGACAAGGCGGCUCUUGACGAGGCAUUACAAACGUAUCAACCAAAGGAGAGUGAUCCUGACGAUGAUAAGAAGACACUUUACGUGCCUGUUUGGAUGGAGCACAAGGUCGCUCAUGGACAUUACGAUGGUUACUGCAAGCAAAUCCUCUGGCCCCUCUUUCACUAUUUACUUUGGCAAGAUGUCGCUACGGAAUAUGCCUCGGCCGAUUCGCAUUAUCCAUUCUAUGAGGCUGCAAAUGCGGCCUUUGCACGUCGCGUAGCUGAAGUCUACCGCCCUGGAGAUCUCAUUUGGGUACACGACUAUCACCUUUUGCUUGUUCCAAAAUUGGUUAGAGAAGUUAUCCCCGAAGCGGUCCUCGGUCUCUUCGUACAUACACCAUUCCCCAGUAGCGAAGUUUUCAGAUGUCUUCCUCGGAGAAAGGAAAUCUUAGACGGUAUGCUUGGCGCAAAUCUCGUCUGUUUCCAGACAUAUUCCUACUCUCGUCAUUUCAUGUCAACCUGCAUUCGAGUUUGUGGAUACGAGGCUAAUUCACGUGGAAUCGAUGUCGAGGGCCAUGUAACCGCAGUGGCGCACUGUCCGGUAGGUAUCGAUGCUGAACGUGUUGCUCGCGACGUGCUCCGGCCCGGUAUUCAACCUAAACUCGAGUCUCUUCGGACAUUGUAUGAAGGCAAGAAGAUUAUCGUAGGUCGCGAUAAGCUCGAUGUUGUCAAAGGUGUUCUACAGAAGCUGCGUGCCUUUGAGAGAUUGCUACAGGAUUAUCCUGAAUGGAUUGGGAGGGUCGUCAUGAUCCAAGUCACGUCACCUGCAUUAACAGACUCGCCUAAACUGGAAAGGCAAGUCACCGAGAUGGUCGCGCACAUUAAUGGAGAGUACGGCAGCUUGGAUUUCAUUCCCUGCCAUCAUUACCACCAGACUCUCAAAAAGGAUGAAUUUUACGCGCUUCUGUCAGUCGCAGACCUUGCCGUUAUCACUCCAUUACGAGAUGGAAUGAACACGACCUCCAUGGAGUUUGUUAUCGCGCAACAGCAGACGAAGAAGAGCCCGAGUGUUCUUAGCGAAUUCAUGGGUAUCAGCAAGAAUAUGGAUCAGGCAUUGCAAGUCAAUCCAUGGGAUCUUGGUGACGUCGCCGCCGCUAUGAAUUGUGGACUUCUGAUGUCAGAGGACGAGAAGCUAUCAAGACACGAAAAGCUUCUCGAGGUCGUCACCACCCAGACAUCUCAUUCCUGGGCGACAAUGCUGGUCAAGUUACUCCUUACUCAGAUAAAUUCACAAAACACAGCACGUCAAACACCUUAUAUUCCCAAAUCGCUCCUUCAGGACAAGUACAAGUCUGCGAAAAAAAGAUUGUUUUUAUUCGAUUACGAUGGUACACUCGCACCUAUUGUCAAAGUUCCGAGCAUGGCCACUCCCUCGGAACAAACAUUACUUGCACUCAAACGGCUCUGUGGCGAUAAGAAGAACUUGGUGUAUAUAAUUUCUGGCAGGGACGGAGAGUUUUUGGAGCAACAUCUUGGACAUAUCGACAAGUUAGGCUUCUCAGCGGAGCAUGGGGGAUUCAUACGGGAACCUGGUCAAAAGAAAUGGACCAACUUUACAGAAGCCCUGGACAUGAGCUGGAUGUCGGAAGUCCACGAAGUGUUCAGGUAUUACACUGAGCGGACCACCGGGAGUCACAUCGAAGUCAAGAAGAGUUCAAUAACAUGGCACUACAGGUCCGCGGAUCCCGAGUGGGGGCAAUUUCAAUGCAGACAAUGCCAGGAUUUGCUGGAGAACAACUUGGCUCACAAGCGUCCAAUAGAGGUCCUUGUUGGGAAGAAGAACCUUGAAGUGCGGCCUCUAGCCGUCAACAAGGGCGAAAUUGUCAAGCGUAUAUCGUAUCUGAACCCAGACGCGGAAUUUAUAUUCUGUGCUGGUGACGAUAAAACUGACGAAGACAUGUUCCGUGCACUUAUUUUGUUCCCUGGCUCGAAUAGCGGCAAUGCGAAAGCCAAGUUGGAAGCGCCCUUGUCGGUCAAGCUUGUGGAUAAUGUAUCUGGAGAUCCAGCUCCAGUCGAGUUGGACGUCCGCCCUGACGCCGUAUUUACGACUGCAGUUGGCCACAGUAGCAAGAGAACCUUGGCGAGCUGGCAUGUUACCACACCACAAGAGGUCGUUGAUCAUAUGUUAGAGAUGAUUGAAUUCGAGAGCGGGACAGUUACUCCUGUGAGUAGUGAACUUGGGGGGAAGAGUCAUCUAUAGAGUUAUUUCCUUUGGCCCCCUUGUGAUGGAAGUUAUUUCUUCUCUAUGUAUAAUCUCGAUUUGUUAGGCCGCCUAGACACGAAUGGUUACGAAUCCCAAGUUAUGGUUACCUUUCUCCUCUCACGACUGUUUCAUUAAAGUUACACGUUCUGGGAUAAUGACAUGUAAUCGAAUAUGGAUAUGUCAAUGACUGC